AUGCUUUGCGAAAUCUGCUGGCGGAUGUUGCGAGGGCAGGUUGGGAGGCAGUGGAGAGGCACCUAUGACCUGCAUUUCGACCACCACCACUCCAUUGAGACACUGAAAGCAUCACACAACAUGGGCUGCGGUAUAUGCCGGGUUCUUCACGAGGAACUCAUUGCAAGUUCCAAGAAAGACAUCGUCCAAAGCGACGAAGAACAAGUCUCCGAUGAGGUGGGAAAUGCUGGGGUUAAGACUGAUUUGAGCGCUCACAGCACUGCACUGCUUGGUGUUAUCAAUGACAUUGAGGAUCGCGACGUGUUCCGCCUCGACUUCAAGCUAGAAUGGGCACGGAGGGAGCACCAUCAAGAGAUUAUAAAGCGAACUUUCGUUCUCAAACAAACCGACAGCUCAGUAGCAGCAUUCAGAACUCCCAUGUCUGAGGAAACGUCUUCAGGCGAGGUCUUCAAGCUCGCUUUGAGCUGGAUCACGCAGUGCGAUCAGAAAUGCAAUCCGCCCUGCUCAAAGUCAACACCUAAUUGGUACCCAACUCGUCUGAUUGACAUAAGAGAUCUCAAAUCUAAAGAAUACCUGGAGACAAGAAGAAAGCGAUACACGGGCAAUGCGCCUAGCCAGGAGCAGACUUUGCGAGACCUGAACAAGACCACCGUCAGACUCGUGGAAAGACCUCCCAACGAUGUCCGUCAUGGCCGGGAUGUCUUUGGUGAGACCGUGGAAAACGACAAGCAGCCAAACAAUCUCUAUGUCACACUGAGCCAUUGCUGGGGCCCAGAUCCGACGCACUACACUCUUACACCAAAGACCGAGGGCGAGCUCAAGGCAGGUAUCGAGAUCCAGAAGCUUCCACAGACAUUCAGAGACGCGGUUAACUUUGCAUCGCAACUGCACAAUGUUGGCUGGAUAUGGAUUGAUUCUUUGUGCAUCUACCAACGCCGUCUGGGCGCCUCUGAAGAGGAUAAUAAAGUCGCAGAAAAGGACUGGCUUCAUGAAGCAGCCCUGAUGCAAAGGGUGUACCAGGAGUCAUAUCUCAAUGUAUCUGCCACUGCUGCUUCGAACAGUGACGAGGGUCUUUAUUCGGAGCGGGACUAUAGAAAUCUCUGGGAAAACGAGGUCAGCCUCAAAGUCGACGGCAUCCCUGGUCUAGCACUGCACGACGAGGAGCACAAUCACAACGAAGAAGUCAGUACGGUAAGGCCCAAGAACGGCCAUGUCGGCUCAUCCUUCUGGAAAUGGUUUACACGGCUCUUCCAUGCCCCCACACCGGAGAGUCUCGAGGAGGCUGAACCCGUCGCGAAACCCGUCGCGAAGAUCGACUGGGGUGGAGAAAAGCCGUUGACUAUGGCCCUUCCGGAACCAGAGGGACUCCGCAGGUGCGUCAUCAUCGACACGUCACAUUGGGAGGACCUGGUGAAUAGGGCUCCUGUCAACGUCAGGGCCUGGGUUCUCCAAGAACGGUUGCUGGCCCCGAGGGUUCUGCAUUUCUGCAAAGGCAGUAUUGCUUGGGAAUGCGGCCAAUUCACGAGGGCAGAAGGUCACCCCACAGGUCUACCCAGGUUCCAAUUGCAGCACGACAGAAUCCUGCCUGAAGUUCCGCUCAAGGGAUUGGACCCGUUCAAGCAUGGUAAAGAAUUGAGAAGAAUCAGACUGGGAGACUCCAAAGAACCGGAUCCUGAGAUGCCGGAAAAAGACCUAUACGGAUUCGAGUUGUGGGCGCGCGUGGUUGAGAUGUAUUCGAGGAUGAACCUGACAAUUUCCAAGGACAAACUUAUCGCUCUGUCUGGGAUCGCCCAGCUCAUGUCAACCAACAUUCUUGGCUCCAAAGAGGUCCCGGCUCGGUAUGUGGCUGGCCUGUGGUACAAGUACCUCGAGAGCCAACUGCUUUGGAGGGUUGAACCCAUCUUCAAACGGCACAAUCAAACUUUUCAUCAGCCUUCCGGACGACCGGAAACUUUCAGGGCGCCGUCGUUCUCAUGGGCCUCUGUCGAUGCACAAUACGGUAUUGAUGACCAGCCUGGCAACGGCAUCACCUACGGCGAGGUUACUGACCAAGACUUACUCAUUGAUCUACAAAAGGGAGAGAACGACGUCGUGAUCAAGACUCAGACUGAAAAUGAGUUUGGUCUGGUAGAUUGGGGUCACAUCAUGCUUUAUGGAAAGCUAAGGAAGAUCAGGCUGUCCAGAGGGGAAAGGGGCAGAUUCUAUUGGCAGAUAGUCGACCGGAACCUCGUCUGUCCGAACAUCGACAAGGAAAGACACCAUAACGUAUACCUCGACGCACCAGACGACGACGACAAACGCCAGAGAAUAUUCAAGUCCCACGACGUCUACUGCCUUCCGGCGGCGCGCGGCCCAAGGUCCGAGGACAAGGAAUCAAAGUACAUCAUCUGCCUGAUCUUGCAGCAAGCCGCCGACGAUGACCAGGUCAAGGACCUGACCCCCCUAGAGAAGAAAGGCACCUUUCGCAGGGUCGGACUGACGAAGCUGUCAGGCUGGGGCGACAAACUCACAUACGAACAUAUUCUGACACCCCAUGCGGGAGACGUCUACCUGCCGCAAUGGCCUCAUGCGUUCGACACAACCACGAACCGGCACUUGGUUCGCAUCAUUUAG